GAAUAAUAAUGCUCGUGUGAAUAAAUAAAAUAAUUGUCAGACGCAUAAUGAAACUAUUUAUACAGAGUUUCACUUGAAGAUAUUCACACGUUGUUUGGCGACGAUACGCGACACACGGCAGAUUGUAAGGCAUUAAGUGCAUACGCAAGUGUACCAGUACUUAGACUUUUCAAUUUUAUUCAUCUUAUAUAACAGAUUUUAAUUUUUAUUUAUUCAUACAUGGAGAUUUAAUUAUCACUCAGUUUCUUCAGUAUUUAAUUAUUGAAUUACUCAGUUAAGUGCGCGUGUAGUCUUCUUUAAAGUGUUAACUAAUUGUAAUAAAAUGUACAAUUGUUUGAGUAAUUGUUAACUCUUUAUUUAUAUUUAUUCAGUAAUAAUGAAUGAAAGUUAUCAAGGUAAUUGUUUUAAUUACUUUAAAAAUGUUGGGAUACUUUGGUACAUUGUUAAUCCCUAUGAAUCUGCAUUUGAAUCGGUUAAGGAAGUACCCGAUUAUCAAUAUAAGUCAUGGUUUCCAUUUUUUCUUCUUAUAAUUUUAGAGCAAUUGAUAUUGCUCUGGAAGAAAAAAAGUAGCUUCCGCUUCAACGAUCAUAUUACUUCUCUUUCCCACUGGAUGCUCCAAGAGUCUGGACGAAUAUUCUUUCGAGGUGCCGAAUAUUAUCUUUACAUUUACAUAAACAACAACUACCGGUUGAUAAAUCUACCUUGGAAUUCAUUAUGGUCAUGGUACAUCACUCUUAUAGGCGUUGAUUUUUGUUACUAUUGGGUCCAUCGUGCUAACCAUGAGGUGCAUUUUUUGUGGUCGCAACACCAAGUCCACCAUAGCAGCGAGGAAUUUAAUCUUGUGGUUGGCCUCCGGCAGUCAAUACUGCAUCAGUGGUGUAGUUUCAUAUUUUACUUGCCGCUGGCAUUAUUUAUCCCCCCAGCGAAUUUCAUAGCUCACCAUCAGUUCAACUUGAUUUACCAACUAUGGAUUCACACGACAGUAAUCGAGGACCUGGGAGUCCUCGAGUUUAUUUUCAACACCCCAAAGCACCACCGAGUACACCACGGCUGCAAUUUAUAUUGCUUAGACAAAAACUACGGAGGAGUCUUGAUUAUCUGGGACAGAUUAUUUGGUACUUUUAUCAAUGAAUUGAAGGAUACCGAAAUUAUUUAUGGCCUUGUUGUUAGUCCAAGAACUUUUAAUCCUUUAUAUUUGCAGACUUUCUAUACCAAAGCGAUGAUUGACAAAAGCCUGAAGAUGGAGACAUUUGGUGAUAAAUUGUCAGUGUAUUGGAAAGGACCCAGUUGGUUCCCAGGAUCUCCAAGGCUUGGACUGGAUGAGUACAAAAUAAAUGUGACUUCCAGGAAGAAAUACAAUCCAUCAUUAGCAACCUGGAUGAAGUUUUAUAUAACAAUUCAUUUUUCAAUUGCAUUUUACAUGCAUUUCUAUCUUUAUAGUCAAGAACAAGACUGGCAAUUAGUAAUGAUAAAAAAUGCAUUUGCAUUAACAUCAAUUGGUUUAUUGUUUGACCGACAUAAAUACGCAAUAAUUAUUGAAUUAAUGCGAUGCAUUUCAAACCUAGUCUUCUUUAAUCACAUUUAUUACUUUUAUUGUAUUUAUGCUUUAUCUUCUUGCUUUUGGAUUAUUUAUUUAAUCAAUUGUAAAAAACAUUUAUUGUAAAUUAUUA